AAAAUAAAAAAAUAAAAAAAUAAAAAAAAUAAAAAAAAGAGAGGCCUGGUCUUUAGCUGCCUCUUUGUUCUUCACUUCUGGUUGUUUUGCUCUUCUUCUUCCUCUAAUCCCACCCAAAUCUCUCGGUCACAAAUGAAACACAGAGCCUGUCCAAACCCAAUAAAAUAUCCAAUCUUUCUCUGAAUUUGGCUAAGCCUCUUUCACAAACACAAUCUGCCAAACAAAUGCUCUCUCUUUCUCUCUCUCAUGGCUUUGAAUCCAUAUUUGAAAUGCAAAGGCUGACACUUUGUACUCUGAAGAAAUAACGAGACGCUAAAAGCGAAGAAAUUUAAAUCUGAUUGAACAGAAGUUGAGCUGCCCAUAAUGGACGCAUAGGGUUUUCGUCGUUUCGGAUUCAACAGUCGGUGCACCCCUUCAUAUUCGGAUCUCACCCGCCCGGUUCACGCAGUUCUGUGGUGUAUUUCUAUUACUCUACGCUGUUUCUAUGAUGAAUUUAAUCCAUUUGUGCUAAUUUUGUGGAAGAAAAUUUGUUUUGUAUGUUUCUGUGCGUAACGGUUCCUGUGGAUUUUGUUGGAAGCUUGAUAGUUAUCUGGGACUGAAAGAAUCUUGAGUUUUGUUAGUAAUGUUGUCUGCAAAUGACCCGGUUGAAUCGUUUUUCAAUUCGAUUCAACUUGUUAAGGAAGCGCUUUCGCCGCUGGAAUUGAGUUUUCGAAAAGCGGCCGAGGACUUUGAGUGUUGCUGGGCAGGGCCUAAGAAUAAAGUAAAUGCUGUUGAUUUGGUUUAUCAAUUUGAUGGUGUUGAUAAGAAUGGUAAAGCUCAGAUCUUUGGGGGGAAGAAGAAAGCUGGUCAUUGUGUCACAGUUGGCGGCGAUGAGAGGACGAAAGGGUUGUCUGCUAAGGUUCCUAUAAAGGCGUUGUUUGGGAAGUUUUCCCAGAAUUCUGGAAAUGAAAAUCGACCUGAGGUGUCAAAGUGUGGGUUGACAGAGAAGGAGCGUGCAAAGGAGGAUGGGUCUUGUGUGAAUUGUUUGCAGUUUGCUAUAAAUUGGUCUGUGUUAGCUAACAGUUUUGUUCAGGCAUUUCCGGGUCCGUUCAAAUUGGGUAAGAAGCGGCUCCAGAAAACGAGUGAUGAGGACAAAGCGUGUUCUUGCAAAAAGCCGAAGGUUUCUGGUGACUUGAAGCAGAGGGAGUCUAAGGGCCAGCAUGCUAGAACAAUUCAGAAUGAAGUUGUGUCACAUAACGAAGGAAAACAUGUAUCACUAGAAUGCCUCAUAGGUUUUGUUUUUGAUCAACUAACUCAGAAUCUUCAGAAGUUUGAUCAUGGUGUUCAAGAAAGUGGUCGAGAAACUUGUGAAACUUCCCCAGAGCCGACUUCUUCUUCCCAAACUGAUCAUUUCAAGGUGAUUACAGGUUUGCUGGAAGGUCGAAAAGCAGAUGUAAAUGGAUUUCUGGGAAACUUGAAGUUUGCGAGAGUGGGAGGAGUGCCAUCGGGCGUUGUUGGGGUAACCUCUUCAGUUAACGAAGAGGGUGAUGAGGAUGUUACUGCAAGAAACAGGGCAGAAUCAGCAGGCAGUUCACCACAGAAGCUUGCUAGUGAUAUUCUUAGUAUUCCUCUAUCAAACGUAGAGCGUUUGAGAUCCACAUUAUCCACUGUUUCGUUGACUGAAUUAAUUGAGCUUGUACCUCAUUUGGGGAGACCUUCUAAAGAGUAUCCUGACAAGAAGAAACUAUUCUCUGUCCAAGAUUUCUUUAGGUACACAGAGUCUGAAGGAAGGAGAUUCUUUGAAGAACUAGAUAGAGACAGAGAUGGCCAAGUAACUCUGGAAGAUCUCGAAAUUGCAAUAAGAAAGCGAAAGUUGCCACGGAGAUAUGCUCACGAGUUUAUGCGCCGUACUAGACGUCACAUAUUUUCAAAAUCAUUUGGCUGGAAACAGUUUUUAUCUUUGAUGGAACAGAAGGAACCAACCAUUCUACGUGCAUAUACGUCUCUAUGCCUCAGCAAGUCUGGAACACUGCAAAAAAGUGAAGUAUUGGCAUCACUUAAAAAUGCAGGACUUCCAGCUAAUGAAGACAAUGCUGUUGCUAUGAUGCGAUUUCUCAAUGCCGACACAGAAGGAUCUAUUUCUUAUGGCCAUUUUAGGAAUUUUAUGCUGUUGCUCCCUUCUGAUCGACUUCAAGAUGAUCCUCGGAGUAUCUGGUUUGAAGCUGCCACUGUUGUUGCUGUUGCACCACCUGUGGAAAUACCUGCUGGAAGUGUACUAAGAUCUGCAUUAGCAGGGGGCCUUGCUUGUGCACUUUCCACUUCUUUAUUGCACCCAGUUGACACAAUUAAGACUCGUGUCCAAGCAUCAACAUUAACAUUCCCCGAAAUUAUUUCAAAGCUUCCACAGAUUGGAGUGCAGGGGUUAUACAGGGGCUCAAUUCCUGCCAUUCUUGGACAGUUUUCAAGUCACGGCCUGCGAACUGGGAUAUUUGAGGCAAGUAAACUUGUAUUAAUAAACUUUGCUCCAACGCUCCCCGAUAUACAGGUUCAAUCUCUAGCAUCAUUCUGUAGCACAUUUUUGGGAACAGCAGUGCGAAUUCCUUGUGAGGUGUUAAAGCAGCGGUUGCAGGCUGGCCUUUUUGACAAUGUCGGGGAGGCUAUUGUGGGGACUUGGAACCAAGAUGGUCUUAAGGGUUUCUUUCGUGGGACUGGUGCCACUCUUUGCCGGGAGGUUCCAUUUUAUGUCGCUGGCAUGGGGCUAUAUGCUGAAUCCAAAAAGGCUGCCCAGAAAUUUUUAGGCCGGGAUCUGGAAGCUUGGGAAACAAUUGCAGUUGGGGCUUUAUCCGGCGGGCUAGCAGCUGUUGUCACCACACCCUUUGAUGUGAUGAAAACAAGAAUGAUGACUGCUCCACAGGGUAGACCUAUAUCAAUGUCAAUGGUAGCCUUCUCUAUACUCCGGCAUGAGGGACCUCUUGGCUUAUUUAAAGGAGCGGUACCCAGGUUUUUUUGGAUCGCUCCCUUGGGUGCCAUGAACUUUGCAGGCUACGAGCUUGCGAGGAAGGCCAUGGACAAAAAUGACGAGCUAAACAGUGACCAGGUCCAUCAAAAGAAGGUGGCCAGUACUGGAUAGGGUUUCUAUUUCUUUGAAGUAAUGACAUUACUAUCAACUUCAUCAUCUCCCAGCUAUUUGAGAUGAAAGCAAUUAUAUGCUGCCGGGAAAUUUUGACUUUUUUUCCUUCCGAAUUUACUAGCAGCAUCUGCUUGAAAUUUCCAUCCGUCGACAUAUCUGCCCUUUUUUUUGUCAGAGAUUGUAAUUCUUCGUAGGUUUUCUUUUUGUUCGGAACUUUUCUAAUCCUGCAGUGAUGGCAGUGAAAUUACGUUCUUGAUGUUAUUUUUGUACUCAUGGAUUUUCACAGUUUUGUAAA